UAUUAUUAGUAGUUGUAGUAAUUUAGUUUCGAAACCGGAAGGAAAAUUAAAUGUGCUUUUAGGUUUUGAUUUGCUUGGAAAGAAAGUAGUUGUAGUUAUUUAGAUUCGAAACCGGAAGGAAAGAAAGUGGUUGUAGUAAUUUAGGUUUGAUUUGAUGUGCUUUUAAUUAGUCGAGUAGUUAAUGAACUCAUUUGCUUUCCACCUUCUCAACUGCUCUGAUCUGAUUGCUAUUAAUCGAGUAGAAGGCUUACUUAAGCCCUCUGUGUCACUAGUAGAGUGUCACAGAGAAACAAUUAAAACAAUGGCUAAUGGAAAAAAUUUUAGUAAUCUUCUCUUUAGUCAAAUUCCAGUUGACCUUGAUUCACCUGAACCUUUUUGGUUCGGUAGUCAAGGUCCUGAUGACUCUCCUUUCAUGAGUGCUCCCGACGUUCCUGCUAAGUCUCCUGUGAGCUCUUCUCCGGACGUUCGGGCAAAGUCUGGUGUGAAUCCAAAUGCCUCAUGUCCUGAGAGGAGAAAAUGGACUCCCAGAGAUGAUAAAAUCCUUAUUGGUGCUUGGCUAAACACCAGUAAGGACCCUGUGAUGAGCAACGAGCAGAAGUCCACUUCUUUCUGGAAGCGUAUAGUAGAGUACUACAACGCAAGUCCUCUCCUCGCUGGGACAGUACCGAGAGAGAUCACCUCUUGCAAGCAGAGGUGGUCUAGGAUUAACGGCGAUGUAUCCAAGUUCUGUGGCUGCUACGAUGCGGCUCUGAGGGAGCAGAGAAGUGGGCAAAACGAUGAUGAUGUGAUGAAAACCGCCUUGGACAUUUUCUUCAACACGGUCGGCUACAAGUUCGCCAUGGAUCACUGCUGGAGGGAGCUGAGAUACGACCAGAAAUGGUGCUCCCACUAUCCUGCUAAGGACGCUGGAAAGGAGAAGCGCAAACAAGCUGUGGAGGUGGAUACAGAAGUGGCCGAAGGUGUCGAUCCAGAAGUUAGACCUCGCGGGGUUAAAGCGGCCAAAGCUAGUACCAAGAAGAAGAAGAGUGGCAGGGAGGAGGAGUUGUCGAGGCUACAUGGGGUUUUAGAAAUUAAAGAGAAACUGUCUAAACAAAAGCUUCUUGAUCGUUUACUAGCUAAGAAAGAACCUCUCUCAGAUAUGGAAAACAGUCUCAUGCUCAAACUAAUGUCCGAAAUGAUAUGAUCUAUUUUCAAUCUUGCUUUUGAGGUAGAACUGUUUGUGUACUGAUUGUUUUUUAAUGGUUAUGACACGGUACUAACUCUUGUCACUCUGUUUUGACAGGUUCGCAUGUGGGAAGGAGUCACGGGUCUUUAUCUGAUGGAGUAGGAAUCACGGGUGAUGGAGUAGGAUUCACGGGUGAUGGAGUAGGAAUCACGGGUGUAGUUGUAUGAGUCACGGGUCACUCUCUCUAGCAUAUGUAUUAUAAGUAGUAGUUGUAGUCUUUGCAGUGUAGUCUCAUUGUUUUCCUCUUGAGAGUCAAGUUCAUGUUUUCAGAGAGUUUCUAAAGUACUCUCAUUGUUUUCCUCGGAUCAUAUGUAACAUUUCACGGAUCAUAUGUAAGCUUCACUUUGUAUCAAAACUUAUGUAACAUUAUAUUCUUCUUUGUAUCAAAACUUAUGUAACAUUAUCUU